AUGCUUCACGUAAGCGUACCAUCUAACGCGCUCUCGUGCCGUCCGUUGCGCAGCCUACACAGCACUCCCGUCGCUAACGCGAACCGUAACGACAAACGAGGAUGCCACGUGACGAACCUGCAUCAGUCCCCCUCUCGUUCAUUCUCCACGUCAGCCACUUUAACCUCGCUCCAACCUUCCAACCGUAGGCCUUCCCGUCGUCUCCUCCCAGGCCUUUCGUCCUCCGUCGUAGCCGUUCAACUCCCAAUCUCAGGCUUGUCACCGUCAUUCGUAGUUCGCGCUCUCCCUCCGUCACUUACUGGCCUGUCCACGUCUGGCCGGAGUCUCUUUACCUCGGGAUUCCCUUCCUUGUCGAAAUCUCGCCGCGAUGAGCGGAAGCUGGGGAUCGCACCAGGUGGGGUAGCAUGGCGGGUGCGCGAACAGGGUAUUGCGGGGGAUGCGGGGACGAGUGUAGCGACGGUGGUAGUUGAGGCAGAGGCGGAGGCGGAGCGGAGGGAGGGGCUGGGGGGAGCGGAAGAGGAGAAGGCGGAGAAGCUACAGUACGUGCCGUUGCACACACACAGCGACUUCAGCCUUUUAGACGGAGCCAGCCAGUUGAAGGGACUGGUGGCACGGGCCAAGGAGCUCAACAUGCCUGGCAUUGCGCUCACUGACCAUGGCGUGAUGUACGGUGCGCUGCAGCUGGUGCGCAUGUGCGAGGCGGAGGGCUUAAAGCCCGUGAUCGGCAACGAGAUGUACCUCGUGCAUGACGAGGGCGCUCCCGCCGCCCUGCUGCAGGCCGCACGUUGGGAGAAGUAUGCUGAUGGUUACUUCAGUGACGGGUUCUAUGAGAUGAACUUGGUCGCGAUGAAGGGCAUAGAUGAGUUCUAUGAGGACCGAGAGUAUCCUGAGAUGGGAGAAUUGGAGGAGUUAUCGAAUGAGGCUGAUAAGAGCGAGGACACGGAUGAUACGGGAGCAAGUGUGGAGGCAGCAGAGAAGCAGGAAGAGGAGAUAGUCACCAUGGAGGCAGCAGCAGUGAAUGGUGGAGAUGGAGAUGGUGUCAACACUUUUGCAGCAGCGAUCGUGGUUGAAGAUGAAGCAGUAAAUGCGAAGUGUGUGGGAGUCGCUGUGAAAGGGGACAUCAUGGUGAAAGGAUCAAAGGCGAAUGCAACUGCAAAGGGGCGAGUGCUUACAAAGGAGGAACACGUUGAGGGGUAUGAGACCCGAGAAGUGUUGAGUGUUAAGAUGCCGAGGAGAAGUGAGAGGCUUAAGAAAAUGUCUCAAGGUUUGGACGCCAAGGCGCUCAAAUUCAAGACACGUAAGGAGAGAUACCACCUGACUGUUCUGGCCAAGGACAUGGAGGGAUACCGGAACCUGUACCACCUGACAGUGCUGGCCAAGGACAUGGAGGGAUACCGGAACCUGGUGCAGCUCACAUCGAUCUCGCACCUGCAUGGCAUGGUGGGUAAUGGUGCAAGAGGGCGUCCGCGCAUCACAAGGGAGCUGUUGGCGCAUCACAGCAAGGGGCUCGUCGUGCUGAGUGGAUGCAUGUCAGGAGAGGUGCCGCGUGCCAUCAUGGCGGAUCGCAUGGACGAGGCUCGCAGCAUAGUUGACUGGUACCAGUCAGUGUUUGGGUCGGACUACUACCUAGAGGUGAUGGGCCACGCCUGUACAACAUGCCACUCAUGGUCCCCGGCUCCGUACCAGUCAGUGUUUGGUUCGGACUACUACCUAGAGGUGAUGGGCCACGCCUGUACAACAUGCCACUCAUGGUCCCCGGCUCCGUACCAGUCAGUGUUUGGUUCGGACUACUACCUAGAGGUGAUGGGCCACGCCUGUACAGCAUGCCACUCAUGGUCCCCGGCUCCGUACCAGUCAGUGUUUGGUUCGGACUACUACCUAGAGGUGAUGGGCCACGCCUGUACAGCAUGCCACUCAUGGUCCCCGGCUCCGUACCAGUCAGUGUUUGGUUCGGACUACUACCUAGAGGUGAUGGGCCACGCCUGUACAGCAUGCCACUCAUGGUCCCCGGCUCCGUACCAGUCAGUGUUUGGUUCGGACUACUACCUAGAGGUGAUGGGCCACGCCUGUACAGCAUGCCACUCAUGGUCCCCGGCUCCGUACCAGUCAGUGUUUGGUUCGGACUACUACCUAGAGGUGAUGGGCCACGCCUGUACAGCAUGCCACUCAUGGUCCCCGGCUCCGUACCAGUCAGUGUUUGGUUCGGACUACUACCUAGAGGUGAUGGGCCACGCCUGUACAGCAUGCCACUCAUGGUCCCCGGCUCCGUACCAGUCAGUGUUUGGUUCGGACUACUACCUAGAGGUGAUGGGCCACGCCUGUACAACAUGCCACUCAUGGUCCCCGGCUCCGUACCAGUCAGUGUUUGGGUCGGACUACUACCUAGAGGUGAUGGGCCACGCCUGUACAACAUGCCACUCAUGGUCCCCGGCUCCGUACCAGUCAGUGUUUGGUUCGGACUACUACCUAGAGGUGAUGGGCCACGCCUGUACAACAUGCCACUCAUGGUCCCCGGCUCCGUACCAGUCAGUGUUUGGGUCGGACUACUACCUAGAGGUGAUGGGCCACGCCUGUACAACAUGCCACUCAUGGUCCCCGGCUCCGUACCAGUCAGUGUUUGGUUCGGACUACUACCUAGAGGUGAUGGGCCACGCCUGUACAACAUGCCACUCAUGGUCCCCGGCUCCGUACCAGUCAGUGUUUGGUUCGGACUACUACCUAGAGGUGAUGGGCCACGCCUGUACAACAUGCCACUCAUGGUCCCCGGCUCCGUACCAGUCAGUGUUUGGUUCGGACUACUACCUAGAGGUGAUGGGCCACGCCUGUACAACAUGCCACUCAUGGUCCCCGGCUCCGUACCAGUCAGUGUUUGGUUCGGACUACUACCUAGAGGUGAUGGGCCACGCCUGUACAACAUGCCACUCAUGGUCCCCGGCUCCGUACCAGUCAGUGUUUGGUUCGGACUACUACCUAGAGGUGAUGGGCCACGCCUGUACAACAUGCCACUCAUGGUCCCCGGCUCCGUACCAGUCAGUGUUUGGUCCAGACUACUACCUAGAGGUGAUGGACCACGGGCGCAUUGACUUUGGUAGCGGCUACGAUGUCAACGCCAAGAUCAACCGUGCACUGCUGCACCUGUCCCAGCAGACGAAUCAUUUGUCCUUUCCCCCACUUGGCAACCCAUCACUCCCUUCCAUCCCCUCCACUUUCGGUCCCCAUUCCUCCCACCUUCGCCCGCAUUUCCGCCACUUUUGCCCCGCAUUCCUCCCACCUUCGCCCCGCAUUCCUCCCACCUUCGCCCCGCAUUCCUCCCACCUUCGCCCCGCAUUCCUCCCACCUUGCCCCUGGUGGCCACCAACGACUCUCACUUCACCCGGGCUGCGGACCACGGGGCGCACAUUCUUCCUAUCCCCCCCCCCUUCUCCCCCCAUUUCCCCCUCUUGCACCUUCCCUUCCCUCUACCCCACCCAGGGCGUGCCCCUGGUGGCCACCAACGACUCUCACUUCACCCGGGCUGCCGACCACAGGGCGCACCAAACACUCGUCUCUGUCAAGGUGACCUCUUACUCCGCCGACCUCUUCUCCUCUAAGCCUAAGCUGCCCACCUUUGACGUGCCUCCCGGCCACACCGAUGCUUCAUGGCUUGAGAAUGAGGCACGGAGGGGGCUGCAGGCAGUGAUGGGCGUGGAGACGUGGGAGGCAGUACCCCAGCAGUACAGGGAGCGACUAGACUUGGAACUCAGGGUCAUUUGCAACUAUGGCCUCUCCGCCUACUUCCUCAUAGUGGCAGAUAUCAUCCAGUUUGCCCGCAAGAACGACAUUCCUGUGGGCCCAGGCAGGGGGUCAGCAGCGGGAUCCCUGGUGGCAUACGCCCUCGAAAUCAUCUCCAUCGACCCCAUCGAGCAUGGGCUGUACUUCGAGCGCUUUCUGAACGAGGAGAGGCUGGCGCCUCCCGAUAUUGACUCCGAUUUCUGUCCCCUCGGGCGCGAUAAGAUCCUGGCAUACAUCACUGAGAAGUACGGCGCGCACAGGGUGGCACAGAUCAUCACGUUCAACCGCAUGGCACUUAUACACACUCCCAUUCACAUUCUCAUUCCCACCUUCUUCGCCUCCCUGCCUCUCCCCAUCCUGGCAUACAUUGCAGAGAAGUACGGCGCGCACAGGGUGGCACAGAUUGCAACCUUCAACCGCAUGGGGUCGCGUGCUGUGCUCAAGGACGUGGGGUGCGACAUGCAGAUUCCCCUUAACAUCAUGAACGAGCUUACCAAGCUGGUGAGAUGGGAUGAGUAUGAGAGGGGAUUGAGUAAAGGGUCGGUGGUUCAACCGCAUGGGGUCGCGUGCUGUGCUCAAGGACGUGGGGCGCGACAUGCAGAUUCCUUUGAACGUUAUGAACGAGCUUACGAAGCUGGUGAGAGGGGGAUAACGAGAGGGGUGCAAGUGUGA